ACACAUCAGUCAGUUCUUCGUCGAUUUUCAACGGUGAUACCAAUACCAACGAUGACUUUCAGAAUCUGUGUUCUUGCCGCCCUCGUGGCUGUAGCUAGAGCUGGAGGAAUCGUUGCCCCUGCAGCUCCGUUGGCUUACGCCACAGCUCCAUUUGCUCCUGCUGCAUACGCUGCUGCACCCUUUGCGUACACAUCCCUUCCAGCACCCCUAACUUACGCUUCAUACGUCGCAGCACCAGCUCCGGUCUUUAGAGCGGCGUCAUAUGUCGCACCUGCACCAGCACCACUUGUUCGCGCUUCACCAGUAGUAGCUCCAGCUGCUCCAGUUGUAGCUGCCAAGGCUCUGGUCGACUCUGAAUAUGAUGUGAAUCCUCAAUACUCUUACGGAUACAAUGUUGAAGAUGUUUUGACGGGAGAUAGCAAGUACCAAGUGGAAAGUCGAAGCGGAGAUGUAGUCCAAGGAAGUUACUCAUUGAACGAUCCCGAUGGCACUAGGAGAACUGUGGAUUACUCUGCCGAUCCCAUUAACGGAUUUAAUGCUGUAGUGAGAAAGGAGCCUUUGGUGGCAGCUGCCCCUGUGGUUGCUGCUGCCCCGGUUGUCGCCAAAAUACAUUAAGAAAAAACGACUUAUAUAUAAACGUGUGAAACAUCUGAAUCUUUGUAUCUACCUAUUUCAUUAAGGUUAAUAAAACAGUUGUAAAUUCA